ACGUAUUUGAGAAGCUGCCUUACUGGUUCUGCUCAUCAAACUAUGUCCGCAUUUGCAAUAGCAAACAAAGACUACGAAAUAGUUGUUCAGGCAUUAAAAGAAAAAUACGGUAGUCUUACUGUUAUUAUCGGUUCGCUGCAUGACAAACUCGAGUGUCUGCCGCAUCAACCCAAAAAUAUUCAACAUACAACUGCUACACAAAAUCAUACGUCAGCAUUUUCUGCAACUGCGUCACCUGCACCUGAAUCUACUGAACGUCCCACAACUUACAAUAUUCAAAAAAGUGAGCAAAAACCGCAAAAGCGGCAACCUAAAACACCAUGUAUUUUCUGCAGCGGAAUGCAUUGGACAACAGAAUGCCACAAAUAUUCUAUACCACAACAAAGGCGUGAACUCGCUAAAUCUAAAAAACUCUGCUUUAAAUGCCUGGAAAAUGGACACGAACUUUACGACUGUCCUCAAAAACUUAACUGUUACUAUUGUAAAGUCCUCAUCGAUUCCCGUGCAGGUCCCAUGCUAGGUGGUGAAGGUAAAGUUAAUUCAAAAUAUUUAAAAUGCACCCCAUGUGUUACACAUACCGUUUUGACCUGUCCGACAUUGUGUAAAAUUGAAUAG